AUGAAGUGGCUAUCUGUCCUGCCUCAACAGUGUAUUUUGCUCAUGACAUGUCUCCUAAUGGCCUUGGAAGCUGUACCUAUAGACAUAGAUAAGACAAAAGUCAAAGGAGAAGGCCAUGUAGAAGGAGAGAAGGUAGAAAACCCGGAUACAGGACUUUAUUAUGAUGAAUAUCUCAGGCAAGUAAUAGAUGUCUUGGAAACAGAUAAGCAUUUCAGGGAGAAACUCCAAACUGCUGACAUAGAGGAAAUAAAGAGUGGAAAACUAAGCAGAGAGCUUGAUUUAGUAAGCCACCAUGUAAGAACACGGCUGGAUGAACUAAAAAGACAAGAGGUGGCAAGAUUAAGAAUGUUAAUUAAAGCUAAAAUGGAUUCUGUUCAAGACACUGGCAUAGACCAUCAGGCUCUCCUUAAACAGUUUGAGCACCUGAACCAUCAGAAUCCUGACACGUUCGAACCUAAAGACUUAGAUAUGUUGAUCAAAGCAGCUACAAGCGACCUGGAAAACUAUGAUAAGACCCGCCAUGAGGAGUUUAAAAAAUAUGAGAUGAUGAAAGAACAUGAGAGGAGGGAGUAUUUAAAAACACUGGAUGAAGAAAAGAGGCAGCGAGAAGAAUCCAAAUUUGAGGAGAUGAAGAAAAAACAUGGAGAUCACCCUAAAGUUCACCAUCCUGGAAGCAAAGAUCAACUGAAAGAGGUGUGGGAAGAAGCAGAUGGACUAGAUCCUAAUGAAUUUGACCCCAAAACAUUUUUCAAAUUACACGAUGUCAAUAAUGAUGGUUUCCUGGAUGAACAAGAAUUAGAAGCCCUGUUUACUAAAGAGCUAGAAAAAGUUUAUGAUCCCAAAAAUGAAGAGGAUGACAUGGUAGAAAUGGAAGAAGAAAGGCUGAGAAUGAGAGAACAUGUAAUGAAUGAGGUUGACAUCAACAAGGACCGGCUAGUGACUUUGGAAGAGUUCCUGCGAGCUACAGAGAAAAAAGAAUUUCUGGAGCCAGAUAGCUGGGAGACACUAGAUCAACAGCAGCUCUUCACUGAGGAUGAGCUGAAGGAAUUUGAAAGUCAUAUUUCUCAGCAGGGAGAUGAACUUAGAAAGAAGGCAGAAGAUCUUCAGAAGCAGAAGGAAGAGCUACAGAGGCAGCACGACCAGCUUCAGGCUCAGAAACAAGAGCUCCAGCAGGUUGUUAAACAGAUGGAACAAAAGAAACUACAGCAAGGAAAUCCUCCUGCAGGACCAGCUGGAGAACUGAAAUUCCAGCCCCCUGGGGAACACAAAGUUGGAGAUGCACCAAAACAUCCUGCGGGAGGUGACCAGCCUUUACCACCAGGACAUGUCCAAGAACCAGCUGCUAGAACUGAUCAAGUUCACCCUUAACCACU